CCCGCCUCCGCCGCCAUUAAGCCCCGAGUCCAUGGACAGCACGUCCAGGCGACCAGCGCCGUAUGAGCCGUUCUUAUCGCAUGCCCCGCCGCCGGGAGAUAGCUGGAUCGCUGUUGAGACCUCGCAGCGGGAGUACCGCUUGAUUGUGAGAUUGCCUGGGUUUAGGCGGGACGGGAUUACCCUCGCGACGCGCCGGAGACGUAUACUGCACAUCGUCGCGGACUCUUGGGAGCCCGGCGGCGGGCAUUUCGAGCGGCGCAUCUCAUUUGGCUACGACGCGGACCUGGCUCACGUGCGUGCCGAGUUCGACGGGGACAUCCUGAAGGUGCACGUUCCGAGGCGACCGCCAUCCAGCUGGAUGAUUGCGCUCGGGCGCGACUGAUCUUGUCCUCGCCCCGUGGUGGUAGUGGUGUUCCUGGCAUGCCUCCAGCUUUCGAUGUAGAUAUCUCGGUUCACCGCACUUGCUUGCUUACUGUGUCCAUAAACCCUUCCUUCCUCCAUUCCGCAGCCCUUCAUUCCGCUCCUGCUAUUAUUGGCCCGCCACAACGACUCUGUGAUGCAUGCUUUCUGGGUUACCAUUCCAGUCGCCCUUAUUCACCGACGUCACCGGGUCUCGCAUCACCGACUCACCUCGUUCCGUUCUCGCACGCAUAUCAACUCAACCACGCUUGUAUCCUGCAAUGAAUUGGCCUUGGGGCCACCCAUAUUGUUACCCUCCCAACGAUACCAGCCUCCGCUCUCAGGAUAUACCUUGUUUGUGGAUUAAUUCUCCUCAAUGCUGCACUUUCCUUUGCCUCCACAAACCCCCUCCCAUCGCCCGAUUAUCAUUAUCGGACAGGACUCGGAUUCCGGAAGCUCGGUUCGGAGAGAUGAACCUGCUUACGCUUGGUUACGCUUUCUAAUGUGCCUGUCCGCCUCCCCCCCCUCUGCCUAGUACAUACACUUAUACAUACAUACAUGUUACUCGCCAUUAUAUUGAUAGUGCUUACCUAGGCAGACUCGCCCCGCUAUUUACACUGGAUGCCUUCACGCGCUUCUUCCUGCCAGUCCUGUUUUGUUCUACCACUGUAUAAUUCAUCCCAUCGUUUGUCGACAAAAAUUAUCUUACUCCACCUACCCGUUCUCGGCUAUUUAUUAUAUGACAAUGCUGCAGCUGUAUAUACAGGUCGUCCAAUAGACAGGCAAAUGACAC